AGGUGGGCAGCGGAUGCCCCGAAAUCCUCUCCUAAGUCAGGAAAAUACUGCCAACCUUCUCCCCAGUGAGGACUGCAGGCGCCUCAUACGUCGGAGGCCAUCAGCUGCAGGACCUUCUUCUGACCACUUGGCUUUUCAAGCGACAGAAGGGCCCAAAGCGGGACAAGCGGGAUGGGGGCUGGAGCCAGCGCCGAGGAGAAGCGCUCCAGGGAGCUGGAGAAGAAACUGAAGGAGGACGCUGACAAGGACGCCAGGACUGUCAAGCUGCUGCUCUUAGGUGCUGGCGAAUCAGGGAAAAGCACAAUUGUCAAACAGAUGAAAAUUAUCCACAAAGACGGUUACUCGCUUGAAGAAUGCUUGGAGUUCAUCACCAUCAUCUACAGCAACACUCUGCAGUCCAUCAUGGCCAUCGUGAAGGCCAUGACCACGCUCAAUAUCAACUAUGGACACCCGGAUCAGCAGGAUGACGCCAGGAAGCUGAUGCACCUUGCAGACACCAUCGAGGAAGGCACCAUGCCCAAAGAGCUGUCAGACAUCAUCCUGCGUCUCUGGAAGGACUCGGGCAUCCAGGCGUGUUUCGACCGGGCCUCCGAGUACCAGCUCAACGACUCGGCCGGAUACUACCUGAACGACCUGGAGCGUCUCAUCCUGCCGGGUUACGUCCCCACCGAGCAGGACGUCCUGCGAUCCAGGGUGAAGACCACCGGCAUCAUCGAGACGCAGUUCUCCUUCAAAGACCUCAACUUCAGGAUGUUCGACGUGGGGGGUCAGAGGUCGGAGAGGAAGAAGUGGAUCCACUGUUUCGAGGGCGUGACCUGCAUCAUCUUCAUCGCCGCUUUGAGCGCCUACGACAUGGUGCUGGUGGAGGAUGACGAAGUGAACCGAAUGCACGAGAGUCUGCACUUGUUCAACAGCAUCUGCAACCAUCGCUACUUUGCCACCACCUCCAUCGUCCUCUUCCUCAACAAGAAGGACGUCUUCGUGGAGAAGAUCAAGAAGGCACACCUGAGCAUGUGCUUCCCUGAUUACGACGGCCCCAACACCUACGAGGAUGCGGGGAACUACAUCAAAGUGCAGUUCUUGGACCUGAACAUGCGCCGAGACGUCAAGGAGAUCUACUCGCACAUGACCUGCGCCACCGACACGGAGAACGUCAAGUUUGUGUUUGACGCCGUCACCGACAUCAUCAUCAAGGAAAACCUGAAAGACUGCGGCCUCUUCUGAAGGCUGCCGCACGGUCGUGUGAUGACACCCGCCUGUUUCUGUGUGAGCUAACAUCUAGCGAGGACUCCCAUCAAUCAUUUGCAACAACUUGUAGCGCUGACCCUGAAGACCGAGGGUCAACAGAGACUAAACAGCACAAUUCACACGCGAGUUUGUUUUGUUUUUUAGUCCAGCUAUGAAUUGUUUCUACUGUGUUUGGAGGGCUAUGCAACAAUACAAGCUGGUCGUGUCUUUCUUAGAUGAUAUUACUAAUUAUGAUGAUUAUGAACCAAGAAAGUAUUCAGUGUAUAAACUCAACAUUCAACCAUUAAAGCUUCUGUAGACAACA